CUUCAUUUAGCAGCAUAGAUAGUUGCUUAGUUGAUAAUACGUGAAACUGCUAGUACUCCUAAACCCUGCCAGACCGGGCAAGCUGUUACGGAAAAUAACUCAGGGCUGUUUUUAUAUAUCUUCAGUCAACGACGUAGGUUUCGAGAUUAACUGUCGCCCGUUGAAGACUAGGCUGAAGUACGUCGAAAAUUUCGAACUGACAAUUUCUGUGUGUCGUUACUUACAUCAUAUACGCUUGAAAUAAACCAAUAUUUAUAAUCGUGAUCACUAUCAGAAAUCGUAAUGAGAUCUGUUAGAUUAUUUGGGUCAUUCAAGACUAGUGUCAAAAAACAUUUCUCCAGUACGGCGCAAUCAACUAAAGCAUUCGAGGAUGCAGCUAAAUCAGGAUACUCAACAGUCGAUUCGACUGACAUAGAGCAUCAUUCGAAGCUCAGUCACAAAUGGUGGGAUACCGCAGGAGAACUCAAAGCUCUGCAUUCCCUAAAUACCUUAAGAAUACAGUUUAUACGAGAUGGUCUAGCUAAUACUGGCAUUACAAGUAUGAUUCCUAGCCUCCCUCUCAGUAAUGUUAAGAUACUUGACGUGGGAUGUGGCGGUGGAAUCCUUUCUGAACCAUUGGCGAGAAUCGGUGCAGACGUAACAGGGAUUGAUGCAUCCUCUGAAUUAAUUAAAACUGCUACUGAACACGCCACGUUAGAUAUAAACCUGUUGGAAAGAUUACAGUAUAUCAGUACCAGCAUUGAGGAACACUCUCAAUCAAACUAUGAAAAAUAUGACGCUGUUGUCAGCUCUGAAGUACUAGAGCACGUUGCAGAUAAAGAACUGUUUUUGAAGUGCUGUACUGCUGCAAUGCGACCUGGCGGCUCCUUGUUUUUGACAACUAUAAAUAAAAGUAUGGCAUCGUUAUUUGGUGCAAUCAUUGCAGCUGAGUAUAUACUAAGAUUAGUUCCACAAGGAACUCAUGAUUGGAACAAGUUUGUUUCACCAAACGAAGUUAGACGAAUUCUGGAAUCUGCUGGCUGUCAAACCAAAUUGAUUCAUGGCAUGUGUUAUAAUCCACUAACAAAUGAGUGGUCUUGGAUGCCUUCGACAGUCAUCAACUAUGCUCUACAUGCAGUAAAGCGAGAAGAGCUCUAGAACACUUACGUUUUCUGCAUUAGUAAUCUUUAAUGUAAAAGUAUUGAUCGACUUUCUGGCAUGUCUGUAACAUAUUAUUGAAAGAUCCAAGAUAAUUAAUAAAUUUACUGUGGCUGAUUUUUCUAUUCCGACAAUAAGAUCGUUGUACGCAUUUUCAAGAGGGUAAAAAAUCAGAAAAGAAAAACUUAGUGUAGAGACUAUGCGAUUUUCACAGAAGUAGAAGGGGAUGAGAAGAAAUAUAUAAAAAAUGGGUAAUGGAGAUGAGCUGGAGAAAAUGUGUGAAAUAUCUAGAUCAAGAAGAGUAUGAUAUCACUGUAGAAAGUUAAUUAACAUUGAGACUAUACUUUAAUUAUUACGUUUUUUAAGUAUAUACUUAUUUUUCAUAACAUUAUUGAUCUACAAUAAAAUGUAUUUUAUAAACAUCCACAUAUUAAAUAUAUAUCGGUAUAUAAGAUGAAUAUCUUUCUGAACACUUUCGUUCAAUGAAUAAUAUUUGUAUAAAAUCAUAGCAAAAAUAUAAAUAAAAUAUUCCGUGACUUGUAAGUUGAAACGCGAAGUACGGUGACAUGAAUUGCAUACCUAUGCCCCUGUUUUGUGGCUGCCAAUUUUAUAUAACGUCCUGAUCAUUGUUAUUGUCUACUCAUUUCUUAAAAUUAUCACCAACGUGUCUUAAAACUAUCAUUUCAUAAUUCUCUUCUUAAUCCAUACCUACUGC